AAGACACCAUCUUUCACUGAGGGAGACAUUAGACAAAAUUAAUCCAAAACAAAUGUCCGGGACUGCGACCACGUCUGCCCCCCUACAGUCCUCAAAAAUGAAGAAGGACGAGUCUUUUCUCGGAAAAUUAGGAGGAACACUGGUCCGGAAGAAAAAGUCAAAAGAAGUGAGUGAUCUCCAGGAGGAGGGGAGGAAUGCCAUCAAUGCUCCCAUGCUUCCCUCAGGAACAGACAUCCAUCCUGAGGACACAGUGAUGGAAGAAAAUGCUGAGAGGAACAUGCUGGACCCAACAUCACGGGAAGAUCCAAAAUUCAAAGAUCUUCUGAAGGUCCUGAUUGACUGGAUUAACAGUGAGCUGGAAGAGGAGAGGAUCAUCGUUAAAGACCUGGAGGAGGACUGUUAUGAUGGACAAGUGCUCCAGAAGUUAUUUGAAAAGCUCUCAGGCCGGAAGCUGAAUGUUGCAGAGGUGACGCAGUCAGAGAUUGGCCAGAAGCAGAAACUCCAGACAGUCCUGGAGGCCGUCAAUGAGCUGCUGAGACCUCACGGUUGGGCCAUCGAGUGGAGUGUGGACUCCAUUCAUUCAAAGAACUUGGUGCCGAUCGUCUAUCUGCUGGUGGCUCUCGCCAUGCACUUUCAGGCUGCCGUCAGGCUCCCUGAGCAUGUCUGUGUGCAGGUGGUAGUGGUCAAGAAACGAGAGGGCAUCCUGCAGACAUCUGUGGUAACCAAAGAGCUGACGAGCACAACAGAAAUGAUGAUGGGUAGAUUUGAGAGGGACGCAUUUGACACUUUGCUGGAUCACGCUCCUGACAAGCUCAGUGUCGUAAAAACGUCUCUCAUCACGUUUGUGAACAAACACCUGAACAAGCUGAACCUGGAGGUUACUGAGCUGGAAUCUCAGUUUGCUGAUGGUGUGUACCUGGUAUUGUUGAUGGGUCUGCUGGAAGACUACUUUGUUCCUCUGUACAACUUCUUCCUCACCCCUGAGAGCUUUGAACAGAAGGUCCACAAUGUGGCCUUGGCUUUCGAACUGAUGCAAGACGGAGGUUUGAAGAAACCCAAAGCCAGACCAGAAGAUGUCGUAAACCUGAACCUCAAGUCCACCCUCCGAGUCCUCUACAACCUGUUCACCAACUACAAAAACUCUGAGUGAUUUCUGCCUCUUUCCAGCUCUGACACGUAGUGUCCUGCUUCUGUGUUGAUGUGACACAUUACAGUCUGGACACUGCGGAGACCAGCUGGGACUGCAAUACAUCAUUAUGUGGGACUGAAAAAGAUCAAGGGGGAGGUGCCUGACAAAGCUCUGAAUGUUAGUAUUUAAUCUUCCCCAAAUGUCAGUAUUUAUCUAUUCUUUCCUUGCAGGUUAACUGCAACCCAGAAUAUUCUGCGACCUUUAGCCUGCAUUUGAAUACACAGCCGUCACUGGAAAAUGAAUGAGGCAGAAUUUUAACACUGGGAAAAAUGGAUGAGCUGUUUAUGUGUCACAGUUGAGUGCAGAAUAUUUAACAGGUCUGAAAAUGCUGCAGGUUAUACAAUGUAUUUUGUUUAUUCAAAAAGCAUUUUAAUAUUCUUGCCUUUAUUAACUGAAAACUGGAGUUUAUUCAGUAUUUUACUGCGAGGGUUAUAAAAAUGCAUCCCCUGGUUCAGUGUGAUAAUCUACAUGAUCUGAUAGGUUUUUGAUACUUUUGCCAGUGAAGAUGAACUGUAUCUUUGAGUU